UUUACCACAGGAUAAGUAAAUUCGGCGGCAAAUGCACUUAUUAAAUAAAAUGGAAUUAAACAUCAGCGCGACAUUGCUGGCGGCCAAUAAAAUCAUCGCUGAACUACUGGACUCGUCUUCAUCAUCCGAAGAUGAGGAGGAGUUUGCGGCAGUAUUACCAGUACUACCAGAACAGCCAAGGAAUAAGAAAUUUGCAGAGACUGUUCUUGAUACAUACACCGAGAAAGAUUUUUUAGAUAACUUCUACAUUAGUCGACAUUCAUUCAUGUAUCUGGUAAGACUAUACUCGCAAUACUGCACCAAAGGACAUUAUCAAAGUGGUGGUCAGCAGGCAAAACUGGAGAAGCAAAUGUUGCUGUAUUUAUGGUUUAGUGUAAAUGCAACAAGUUUUCGCGAAACUGCUGCACUUUUCGAAGUGUCCUUAUCGGCUAUUCAUCAAACCUUUUGUCGCAUUUUAAAAUUCCUAAAUGCGGAAAUGUUGCUCAACACCAUAAGGCUUCCGGAGACUAAUGAGGAAAAAGAGUCAACAGCUAAUGAUUUUGAAAAUAUAGCUGGAUUUCCCAAUGUUUUGGGGUGUGUUGCACGAUGUUUUCUUUGUGUAAAACCAUCUUCAUCAGUACACAAGUCUGAUGGUAACCAGACUAUACUACUUCUUCAAGCUAUAUGUGAUGCCCACAACAGAUUUCUGGAUAUUAGCUGUGAAAACUUCAACCAUAUAUCACCAGCAUCCGAUAUGCUAAAUCCUUUAGCUAUUGGCAAAAAUCUGCCCGAACUAUGUUCCCCGCAUUAUCAUUUAUUAGCUGAAAAUGAUAUAUGGCCAUUAAAUGAAUUUGUGCUGACACCCUAUUCUGAUGAUGGAACUUUAAGCGACUCGGAAAAUACUUACAAUAGUAAAUUUCGUAAAACAUGUGAUAAUAGUUUAAGAACAUUUAUUUUAUUGAAAUCCCGCUUUCGUCAAUUAACUAAAAUGUCAGAUUUUGCAAAUGUUCCAAUGAUGUGCCAAUUUAUAAAAUCCUGUUGUGUUAUACACAACAUAUGCCACAACAGAGGAGAUUUCCUUAAUAAGGAAAUGCAAUUUGACCAAGUGGAUACAAAUAUGUACAAAUAUCCUCAAGCCAACAUUGGAGAGAAUCAUAUGCUAAAACAAUUGGGGCAGAUAAAAAGAAAUGAAAUUAAGGAACAUUUAAAAAAUUUAACAAGGAAUUAGAAAAAAUUCAAAAAAAAAAUGAUUCGGCUUUAGGUGCGUAAUUAAAACACAUUUCGAUAUUUCGAUUGGCAUCAUCAAUCAUCCUCAGGAGAUAUGUGUACAAAAAAAUCUUGAAGAUGAUUGAUGAUGUUAUUCGAAAUAUUAAAUAAAGUUUAAAUUUAAGGCAUUUUUGAGACUUUUUGUUACAGAACCAAACGAAAAAAUUUAAAGUCAAAAAUUCACAUAUGUAGCUAUUUUCUUACGAUAUGCGGGCUUUACUACAACUAUAAUAACUACCUUGUUUAGGUCUUGUUGUGAGAAUGGAAGAAGAAUCUCCAGCGGGAAAAUAAUUUGAAUCAUCUUUUGGAUGAUUAAGAAGAGACUAAAACCGGAAAUAGUUAAAUUAGAGUAAGACAUGACAACCAUUGGUGCUAGAGAUUGGAAAAGAAGCACACCAAACCAAAGCGCUAUUCAAUGUUUGGCGAACUCAAUGAGAUGAUUUUUUCUAAAAACUUAAUAUUUAUUUGUACUUUUUGAAAUAUUUAUAAGAAAAAAAUAUUUGAUAAAUUAAAUUAAACUUUUCCUUUAAUAAUCUAAUUAAGUAUUUUAGUAACAUUAAUAAAAUUUAAAUUUCUGUAUUAAA